AUGUCUUUCUUUAAACUCCCGCCACCCGCGAAGAACGAGCUCGGCCGCUACCGCCUGCUCUCUCCGUCUGCCGGCGUGCGCGUGUCUCCUAUCUGCCUGGGCACGAUGUCCCUGGGCCAGGCGUGGUCCGCGGGAUUCGCCGGCGGCGCCACCCAGGACGAAGCUUUCAAGUUCCUUGACCUUUUCUACGACCAAGGUGGCAACUUCCUUGACACCGCGAACAACUACCAGGACCAGGAGGCAGCAAAGGCUCGCGUCUUACUUUCUACCGAACAGAGUGAGAAGAUCCUCGGCGAGUGGAUGAAGGCCCGCGGCAACCGCGAUGAGCUCGUCAUCGCGACCAAGUUCACGAUUGCUUACAAGAACACCGACGCGAGCGCCAAGCUCAAGGUGAACUUCCAGGGCAACCACAAAAAGAGCCUCGCGCUCUCCGUCGAGGAUAGCCUCAAGAAGCUGCAGACCUCCUACAUCGACCUCCUCUAUCUGCACAUGUGGGACUACUCCACGUCCGUCCCCGAGAUCAUGCAGUCCCUCGACGCGCUCGUCAAGCAGGGCAAGGUGCUCUACCUCGGCAUCUCCGACACCCCGGCAUGGCUCGUCGUGAAGUGCAACGAGUACGCGCGCCAGCACGGCCUCGCCCAGUUCGUCGUCUACCAGGGCCAGUGGAACCUCGCGACGCGCGACAUGGAGCGCGAGAUCAUCCCGAUGUGCCGCGCCGAGGGCAUGGCCCUCGCGCCCUGGGGCGUCGUCGGCGGCGGCCGCUUCCUCACCGAGGCGCAGCUCGCCGCGCGCGGCGGCGCGAUCCGCAUGGGCUUCCCGCAGACGGAGAAGGAGAAGGCGAUCUCCGCCGCGCUCGACAAGGUCGCGCGCGAGCUCGGGGGCGGCGCGAGCCUCGCGGGGGUCGCGAUGGCCUGGGCGCUGUCCAAGGUGCCGUACGUGUUCCCGAUCACCGGCGGGCGCAAGCCGGAGCAGCUCCAGGAGCUCAUCGAGGCGCUGAGCAUCACGCUCAGCCCGGCGCAGAUCGAGGAGCUCGAGAAGGCGGUGCCGUUCGAGUACGGCUUCCCGUACGACUUCUUCGGCCGCGACCCCGCGCUCACCGACGGCACCGGCGGCAUGUUCGUCCAGAUGGCCGGCCACACUAAGUUCGUGCUGGCGGAGAAGCCGGUCGCGCUGGGCCCGGUCAAGUCGGAGCUGCAGAAGACGCAGUAA